AUGGAUCGCAGCAGCCGACCCGCCGCGGCCUACGCAGCUGUCGCCGCGAGCUACUCAAAUGCCGCCGCGAGCUACUCAACCGCCGCAGCGGCCUACCUAGCUAACGAUCCCGUCGGCCACAAAACUGCCGCCGCGGCCUAUGCAGCUUCCGCCGCGGCCUACUCAGCUUCCGCCGCGGCCUACUCAGCUUCCGCCGCGGCCUACGCAGCCGACGACGCGGCGGAAGCUGACGACCCCCUCGGGGACCCAUCUGCCGCCGCGUCGUCCGUCGCCGUCCUCGCUGUCGUCCCCGCCGCCGACCCCGUCGACGACCUCAACAAACCCCCCGCCGGCCCCGUCGUCGUCUCCGCCAACAACCUCCGCCGCUGA